UAUUUCCCCACGUGUGUCAUUUGUCGUCUGACCACGGCCGCGCACGGACGUGGUUAAAUAAAAAUGAACAAUUAUUUAUUUUGUUUUGUUUUGAGUGCCGUGUUAGUAUGUGGGUGUGCGGGACCUUUUAGAGCCUUAUUGUACUCUGAUUGGAUAACAUGUGACCAUGACAAGAAUCUAGGCUUCGGUGUGAGCGAGACACAAAUAUUCUUCUACGACUUUCAGAACAACUUCAAUCUCUCCUUCCCAAUCGACAGUGCUGUGGACGGUAUCACCUCCAGCUAUAACCUAGACAUCUCCAGAAGACUGGUCUUCUUCGUACCAGGCUACAAGUCUCACAUCAGCAAAAAUACCGAAGACCUCGUCCGACAAGCAUUCAGCACCGUACCAAACAUAUAUCUGAUCAUAGUCGACCAUUCCGCUUACACUUCAAGUAAGGGGGGGAAAAUCGCCAGCUAUGAACGCUCCGUCAGAUCCGCCUACUACAUCGGAACCGAAUUAGGAAACUUCCUUGCUGGUCUACGCGCUAAAGGAUUCCCUUCAGACAAAAUUCACUGCUUAGGCCACAGUUUGGGCAGUCAAAUGCUUGGCUACACAGGAACAAGAUACACCGAAUUGACAAAGGAAAAAGUCUGGCGUGUGACUGGCUUAGAUCCAGCCGGCCCUUGCUUCUCAAACAGCUUCAUAGAAAACCAGAUCAGAUCUGGAGUUGGGCAAUACGUAGAAGUGUAUCACUGUAAUGCUGGAGAUCUGGGAACGACUGCUGUACUGGCUGAUAUAGACUUCUUCUUCAACAAGAAGGGACAUAAGCAGCCUUCGUGCCAUGAGGGUUUGAUACCAGCUAAGGGGGAAAGUGAUGCUGCGAAGUGCAGUCACAAAGCUUGCGUGAGGUACUACACUAUGUCCGUGCAUUUACAGAAUGGUUUCCUUGCUUGGGCUUGUGAUUCUUACGACCAUUACUCUGAAGGUAAAUGUGCAGCCAAUCAGGUGACGAUAGCAGGGUAUAAUAACCCUGGAAACGCUACAGGCGUGUUUUAUGUUUCUACAGAAAUGUAUGGGAUCGAAUAAUAGUGUAAGUGAUUUGAUAGACUUGUCAGUAAUCGGAAUCAAUUGAUUGGAUCAAAUGUCAUUGUGAUUUUCACUUUUUUGUAUAGAAACUAUGCAUAAUUGUUUUGUCACGGCUCAGCUGUUUCCUUCACUUUAUACGAUACUCUUGAUUUAGCUAAAUUUGUUUGGUACCACAAAACAUGAACAAGUUUUUAGUAAUUGUUAGUUAAGUAUUAGCUCUGUAAAAUAUAAGGAAAAUAAACAUUUUGUUUAAAAUGAACCUCAAAGUCAAUUAAACUUAUUUGACUUUA